CUCUCACCCACCCUGCGUCUCUGCACAAUUAUAUAUAUCUCUACAUUCUAUACAUCUACAUACUCAUCACUCGCUCUCUCCUCUCCUCUCUCUCUCUCUCUAUCUCUCUCUCUCUCAUUUCAUCACUUGCAAGCAGCGAUGGAGGGAAUUCUUUUGGGUAUGGGAAACCCACUAUUGGACAUCUCUUCUGUCGUCGACCAAGAAUUCUUGGACAAAUAUGACAUCACGUUGAAUAAUGCAAUUCUUGCAGAGGAAAAGCACAUGCCUAUGUAUGAUGAAAUGUCAUCCAAAUACAAUGCGGAGUACAUUGCUGGAGGUGCUACUCAAAAUUCAAUCAGAGUGGCUCAGUGGAUGCUUCAAACUCCUAGUGCAACCAGUUACAUGGGUUGCAUUGGAAAGGACAAGUUUGGUGAGGAGAUGAAGAAAAAUAUAAAACUUGCCGGUGUUAAUGUUCACUAUUGUGAGGAUGAGUCUGCACCAACUGGUACCUGUGCUGUUUGUGUGGCGGGAGGCGAAAGAUCACUUGUUGCCAACUUAUCUGCUGCAAAUUGCUACAAAACUGAACAUUUGAAGAGACCAGAAAAUUGGGCAUUGGUUGAGAAGGCCAAGUACUACUAUAUAGCAGGCUUUUUUCUCACAGUUUCCACAGAGUCCAUUCAACUUGUUGCUGAACAUGCAGCUGCAAACAACAAGGUCUUCAUGAUGAAUCUUUCUGCUCCCUUUAUCUGUGAGUUCUUCAAGGAUGCACAAGUUAAGGCUUUGCCGUAUAUGGACUUUGUUUUUGGAAAUGAGACAGAGGCAAGAACCUUUUCAAAAGUUCAUGGCUGGGAGACAGAGAAUGUCGAGGAGAUAGCUUUGAAAAUUUCCCAAUGGCCAAAGGCAUCUGGAACACACAAGAGGAUUACUGUGAUUACUCAAGGUGCAGAUCCAGUCGUUGUUGCUGACGAUGGGAAGAUCAAACUGUUCCCUGUGAUAUUGUUACCUAAAGAGAAACUCGUUGAUACCAACGGAGCAGGUGAUGCGUUUGUUGGAGGAUUUCUUUCUCAGUUGGUUCAGGAGAAACCCAUUGAAGACUGUGUGAGAGCUGGUUGUUAUGCAGCCAAUGUCAUCAUUCAAAGGUCUGGCUGCACAUACCCAGAGAAGCCCGAUUUUCACUGAGCUAGUCUGUCUUCCCAUGAUUUCAAUGCUAUGUUGUUUUCCAAUUUUGAUUAUUGAGAAAGCCAUUGCUGGUAUUUUUAUCUUUGUAUUUUCGUUGGUUCCUUGCUCAAGUCAUUAUUGCUACGAAGAAACUCCCCUCAGAACUCAGUUAUUUGGCGAGGGAAUUUGAUUCGUCAGGCGCCUGUUUCUUAUAUUAUGCUGGAUUAUGUAUUUAAUAAUGUUACUUAAAUAUUAGUAGUUCCGCUGCCACUUUGGAUAAA